CGGAAAAUGGAUUAAGAAGAUGUUAUCGAUCGUACCAUUAUCAAGCUCCUUUUCAGUAUGAACCAUAAACUAAAAAUCCCAGACAUAGAAAACAUAGAAGGGUUCAUAGACAUGCCCAUAUAAGAAAUAUACAUAUAACGCGAUAUAUAUAUAUAUAUACGUGUGUAUAUAUAUAUAUAUAUCCCUGUUUCUUUACAUAGCUUUUUGCUUAUUCUUGAGAAGAAUCAAACUAAAAGAAAAAAGAAAGAGAGAGAGAGAGAGAGAUGGGAAGAGGAAGAGUGGAACUGAAGAGGAUAGAGAACAAGAUCAACAGACAGGUGACCUUCUCGAAAAGAAGGAACGGUCUGCUCAAGAAAGCCUACGAGCUCUCUGUUCUUUGCGAUGCAGAGAUUGCUCUUAUCAUCUUCUCUACCCGCGGCAAGCUCUACGAGUUCGGCAGUGUCGGAAUUGGCAAGACGAUCGAAAGAUACCAACGCAGCUACAGCUGCUCUCAAGACAAUAGGGUUGAACGCGAGACACAGAGCUGGUACCAGGAGGUCACAAAGCUAAAAGCUAAAUAUGAAUCUCUUCUUCGCACUCAAAGGCACUUGCUUGGAGAAGACCUUGGACAGAUGAACGUGAGGGAACUACAGACGCUCGAGAAGCAGCUCGAAGUAGCUCUUUCCAUGACCCGACAGCGCAAGACGCAGGUUAUGAUGGAACACAUGGAAGAGCUCAGGAAAAAGUCGUCUUUGGAAUGGCAGGAGCGGCAGCUGGGAGACAUAAACAAGCAGCUCAGGAUUAAGCUUGAGGCAGAAGGCCACUGUUUCAACGCCAUUCAGGAUCUGUGGGCUAACUCCGCGGCUGCAGUGGCCGGCCCUAGCACCAGCAGCUUCCAUUUGCAGUCUUCCCAUCCCAACUCCAUGGACUGCGACACCGAACCUUUCUUACAGAUAGGGUUUCAGCAGCAUUACGUGCAAGGUGAAGGGUCUUCGGUGACAAAGAGUGCGGCAUGUGAGACCAACUUCGUACAAGGAUGGGUUCUUUGACUUUCCGUCAAACCCAACAACAAAAAAAAAGGCUCAGUCUCUUUUUAAUUCACGUCGAUUCUCCAUGAGGUUUCAUGUGUUUGAUUGCUUCCGAUUCCGUAUUAGUUUAAUUUGAACUUUUGUGAAUCUAAAAGUACACGUGGCAUUAUGGGAUGUUUAAGUUUAACUUUGGUACGUACCUCUCACA